GCGAUUUUCAAUAAAAACAAUUCAUGAUAGAAGUGAAAGCGAAGUUCAUCGUCACUGUAUUGUGUCGAAUGUUCUUGAAUGAUUUUCAUCACCAAGAAACAUGGCAGCAUUCUUAUUUCAUGUUGUUGUUUAUGAUGUUGUUUUUUCUCGGAACAAAAAUUCUCCAGCCGAUUUUUUGCGUGCAUUGCAAUUUGAUUCGGCUGACUGAGUCUGAAGUAAAAACGAAAUUUUGAAAAAGGUCUGACUACAACAUAGUGUGUAUUUAUGUGUGUGAAAACGCUGUUUCAUUUAUGAUUGUGUGGAACCAAGCAAACACAUAACAAACACAAUUAGACAGAGAAAAAACAUUCAAUGUUCGCUGAUUCGAAGGAGAUACAAAUUAUCAUCGUGAAAUUGAAACCAACAGCAUCCACUACAACACUCAAAUCAUUCUGAUCACCGCUGAGAUUGUAUGGAGAGAAUGUGAUUUUGACAUAAAAAAUUCGGCGUAGCUCGAAAGGAUCACUGUACGAUAGUAGCAAGCAUUUGAUUUGGUUUCUAGCCGUCAAUUUUUCUAGUGAUUUAAACAAAGAAAUUGAAGGAAGUGUCAAUUGAAUAUUUCUAUUGAUUGGAAAUUUGAUCGAAAUUCAUUCGUUGCUCAACAAUGUCAAUGUCAAGCUACGGAGCCCGUCAAUUGGAGUUAAUGUUGUGGAUGGAAGAUAAGGCUGACGAGGCGUUUCACUGCAAUAGCGAUGCCACAAGCAUGAAAUCAGCUAUUCAAAAAGCCGAAGAAAUAAACUGUGAAUUAGAAGCAGGGGUUGUUUCGAUCGAUAAAUCCAAAAAAUGGUAUACAGAAAAAAUCGCUCAAUUGACAUCAGAACUGGAAAAAAUACGCCCGUCUUUGGAGAAGCUGGAAACGGUUGUUACAAAAGUUUGGGAAAAGUUUGAGGAAGUCGACACAAAAGUCUUCGAAUUGGCCAAACAAUUUACUGUAAAUGAGUUCGACAUGGUAAUUCACGCACGAGGAUCAAACAACACCAUCGAACGUUUGGAAAAGGUGUUGGCUCAAUUGGAAUCCGAACUGGCUGAACUGCAACCGAAAGAGUAGGCUGAACUCAUGAACCAUUUUUGAUAUUAUCAACAAUCAAAUUAUCAAUUAACCUCGCAAAAAAGACAAUCUCGCAUUUUUUAGUUUUGUUUGAACGCCGACUUCGAAUACAGUCAUUUUUCGUGCGUCAUUGUUAUUUUCCAAACAAACGAAAAAUGAUAAAUUCGUAUUUUUUUCAUCACAAUUAGAUUAUUAUAAUCAUUGGAAACAACAAAAAGUUUACUUUUCGUAUAAUAAGUCCUUAUCUUAUUUGCCAAAAUGCUUGAUCAAAAAUUCACUACUACAAUGAUUUCAUUUGAUUUGCAUUUUGCAAAUUAUUCACAUAAAUCAAAGUUCCGUAAGCUAAUUCGAUCAUAAAUCAAAAGAACACAAU